GGGAAGUGAGUGGAGGGGCUGAGGUGGGGUGAGUCACCUAGGAAAAGCCAGUGGUAGGGAAAGGCUGCAGCCUUGCAAAUGAAGAGGGAGAUGUGAAAGGCAAGCUCCGAAGACCAGGCAAGGUGGAGCUGAGCUGCCGGUAUAAACAGAGGGAGAGGGAGUGAGGCACCUCUUUUAAAAAUAGAGGUGUUGUUCCUGACAAAAGCUGUCUCCCCCCAGAAGCCGCCCUCCUCCCCAUUCUUGGUUGAAGGAGCUGGCGAUAGUAGUCUUGUCUGCAUGGGGGAGGGAAACACCAGGCUGGAUUAGAAAGGGGAGUGAUUUCCUGCGAGCUUGCAUGUGAGGGAGACUUGUUGGAGAAAGAGGAGGUGGGGAGCGGCAAAUGCAGUUUCUGCCCUUCCUUGUGUCACAGGCACUGUUUUGGCUGGCGAGGGGGUAAAAAUUGGGUCAAGGUAUAGGCUUCCUGGGAUUUGCCCCUGUUUGCAUGUAUUUGCAGUCUUGCUUGCUGUUGCUGCAGCCUGGGGAGAGGGAAAGGGAGUGGUGGGGGUGUUGCGCGGCUGCUGUAGGAUCCUCGUUAGGGUCCUUUCUUUCUCCUUCCUCUUAAGCACGGAGAGAAGAGGAAGAAAGAGAGUGAAGUGGGAGACAUCCGUAGGGGGAAAAACUGAAAAUGAACGUCGAUGGCCUCGCGAUCCCUCCGUUUUUGGGCGAGGGGCAUAACAAAACCCCUGUUGUCGCCACUGCCCUGACUACUUUUUGAAUUUUACUGGGGAACUAGCCUGGACAUAUUUUUCCUAAAGCCGUGGAGCAUUUUACGGAAUUACUACAACGAAUGGGACCUCGCCUUAUUUUUGUGUGUGUGUGUUUUUUUUAAAAAACCCUGAUUUAUUUUUAAAAAGCUCUUAAAAUGGAAAACGAGAUUUUCACACCUCUUUUGGAGGUCUUCAUAUCCAGCCCUCUUGUUACCUGGGUUAAGACAUUUGGACCGUUAGCUGGAGGAAAUGCAACCAACUUGGAUGAAUAUGUUGCGCUCGUGGACGGGAUAUUCUUGAAUGAAGUCAUGCUUCAAAUUAACCCUAAAGCAGCCAGUCAAAGAGUGAAUAAGAAAGUCAAUAAUGAUGCAUCUCUUCGAAUUCAAAAUUUAUCUAUUUUGGUGAAGCAAAUUAAAUCAUAUUACCAGGAGACACUGCAACAAUUGAUUAUGAUGCCUUUGCCAAAUGUCUUAAUAAUUGGCAAAAAUCCCUUUUCGGAACAAGGCACUGAAGAAGUAAGAAAGCUGCUUCUACUCCUUCUUGGCUGUGCAGUUCAGUGUCAGAAGAAAGAAGAAUUCAUUGAGAGAAUCCAAAGUUUAGAUUUUGAUAUAAGAGCAGCUGUUGCCGCCCAUAUACAAGAGGUAACUCAUAAUCAGGAAAAUGUGUUUGAUCUCCAGUGGAUGGAUGACAAUGCAUUGUCACAUGGCUGUAUUGAGUCUCUCCUAAAAAAUAUGGCUUUGCAUUUAAAAAGACUUAUAGAUGAGCGAGAUGAGCAUUCUGAGACUAUCAUUGAACUCUCUGAAGAACGAGACUCUCUUCAUUCUCUACCUCAUGCAUCAUCAGCACAAUCACCUUGUGGAUCUCCAGGCAUGAAACGCACUGAAAGUAGGCAGCAUUUAUCAGUGGAACUAGCUGAUGCCAAAGCAAAGAUCAGAAGGCUUAGACAAGAGCUUGAGGAAAAGACUGAACAGUUGCUGGAUUGUAAACAAGAACUGGAACAAAUUGAAGUUGAAUUGAAAAGAUUGCAACAAGAGAAUAUGAAUUUGCUUACAGAUGCCCGUUCUGCUAGGGUAUACCGUGACGAACUUGAUGCUCUCAGAGAGAAGGCCAUCCGGGUGGACAAACUUGAAAGUGAAGUCAGCCGAUAUAAAGAGAGGCUACAUGAUAUUGAAUUCUAUAAGGCUAGAGUAGAGGAGCUAAAAGAAGAUAAUCAAGUAUUGUUGGAAACAAAGACAAUGUUGGAAGAUCAGUUGGAGGGAACCCGAGCCCGUUCUGAUAAAUUGCAUGAACUGGAAAAGGAGAACCUACAGUUAAAGGCUAAACUUCAUGAUAUGGAAACGGAACGUGACAUGGAUCGGAAGAAAAUUGAGGAACUUAUGGAGGAAAAUAUGACACUAGAAAUGGCUCAGAAGCAGAGUAUGGAUGAAUCACUGCAUUUGGGCUGGGAACUUGAACAAAUCAACAGAUCAUCUGAAUUUUCUGAAGUGCCACGAAAGUCACUUGGUCAUGAGGUGAAUGAACUGACAUCAAGUAGGUUACUGAAACUAGAAAUGGAAAACCAAAGUUUGCUAAAGACUGUGGAAGAGUUGCAAAAUGCAGUGGGAUCUGUAGAAGGUAGCAAUUCAAAAAUUCUGAAAAUGGAAAAGGAAAACCAAAGACUAAGUAAAAAGCUUGAAGGACUUGAGAAUGAACUUUCUGAAGAAAAGCAAAGUCUUCAGAAUAGUCAGAAUCUUAGCAAAGAUCUAAUGAAAGAGAAAGCACAACUUGAAAAGACAAUUGAGACUCUAAGAGAAAACUCAGAGAGACAGAUUAAAAUCCUGGAACAGGAGAAUGAACAUUUGAAUCAAACAGUGGCUUCCCUCAGACAACGUUCACAAAUCAGCGCUGAAGCAAGAGUAAAAGAUAUUGAAAAGGAAAAUAAAAUUCUUCAUGAGUCUAUUAAAGAGACAAGUAGCAAAUUAAAUAAGAUAGAAUUUGAAAAGAAGCAACUGAAGAAAGAGUUAGAACAUUAUAAAGAGAAGGGAGAAAGAGCAGAUGAAAUGGAGAAAGAAGUUCACCAUCUUGAAAAAGAAAAUGAAUUAUUACAGAAAAAGAUUACCAAUUUAAAGAUUACAUGUGAAAAAAUAGAUUCUUUGGAACAAGAGAACUCCAAUCUAGAUGUUGAAAACAGAAAGCUGAAAAAGACUUUAGAUAGCCUUAAAAAUCUCAGUUUUCAAUUAGAGUCCUUAGAGAAAGAGAAUACACAACUUGAUGAAGAGAAUUUAGAGCUCAGAAGAACAAUUGAAUCUUUGAAAGGUACAAAUAUCAAGAUGGCUCAGUUGGAGCUGGAAAAUAAAGAAUUAGAAAGUGAAAAAGGACAGCUUCAGAAGAGCCUGGAGCUUAUGAAAACAUCUUUUAAGAAGACUGAACGCUUAGAAGUCAGUUAUCAAGGUUUGGAUACUGAAAACCAAAGGCUACAGAAGGCCUUAGAAAACACCAACAAAAAGAUUCAGCAUCUGGAAAGUGAACUACAGGAUUUAGAGACAGAAAACCAAACCCUACAAAAAAAUCUGGAAGAACUCAAAAUCUCUAGUAAACGCUUAGAAAAAUUAGAGAAAGAGAAUAAGCUUUUAGAACAAGAGACCUCGCAGCUGGAAAAGGAUAAGAAACAGCUGGAAAAAGAGAACAAGAGGCUUCGGCAACAAGCAGAUAUUAAGGACAGCACAUUAGAAGAAAAUAAUGUAAAAAUUGGUCAUCUGGAAAAAGAGAACAAGUCACUCAUUAAGGAAAUUGGAAUAUGCAAAGAAGCUUUUAUUCGUUUAAAAGAGAUUGAAAAGGAGAAUAAAGAGCUUGUAAAAAGAGCCACCAUUGACAAGAAAACGCUUGUCACAUUGCGAGAGGAUUUGGUGAAUGAAAAACUGAAGACGCAGCAGAUGAAUAAUGAUUUAGAAAAGCUUACACAUGAACUUGAGAAGAUAGGUUUAAAUAAAGAGCGCCUCUUGCAUGAUGAGCAGAGUUCAGAUGACAGCAAGUACAGAUUGUUGGAGUCAAGGUUAGAAUCCACACUGAAGAAGUCACUUGAAAUAAAAGAAGAAAAAAUUGCUGCUUUGGAAGCUCGAUUAGAAGAAUCGACAAAUUUAAAUCAACAAUUGCGCCAGGAACUUAAAACAGUGAAAAAAAAUUAUGAAGCCCUUAAACAAAGACAAGAGGAGGAGAGAAUGGUACAGAACUAUUCUUCAAAAACUGAAGAAAGCCAAUCUGUCAAUAAAUGGGAACGAGAGAGCCAAGAAACUACUAAAGAACUUUUGAAGGUUAAAGACAGAUUAAUUGAAGUUGAGAGAAAUAAUGCAACUCUGCAGGCAGAGAAGCAAGCCCUGAAAACACAACUUAAGCAACUUGAGACACAGAACAAUAAUUUGCAAGCUCAGAUAUUGGCACUUCAGAGACAGACUGUUUCCUUACAGGAGCAAAAUACAACCCUCCAAACUCAGAAUGCCAAGCUUCAGGUGGAAAAUUCAGCUAUUAAUUCGCAAAGUACAUCUCUUAUGAAUCAGAAUGCGCAGCUGCUGAUUCAGCAGUCUGCCUUGGAAAAUGAAAAUGAAUCCAUAAUCAAGGAACGGGAAGAUCUGAGAUCACUAUAUGAUUCACUAAUCAAAGAUCAUGAAAAACUUGAACAACUUCAUGAACGGCAAGCUACUGAAUAUGAAUCUCUAAUUUCCAAACAUGGAAACCUUAAGUCAGCACACAAAAAUCUUGAGGUGGAACAUAAGGACUUAGAAGACAGAUACAAUCAUUUGCUGAAACAAAAAGUGCAAUUAGAAGAAUUGGAAAAAGUUCUCAAAGCAGAACAAGGGAAGAUGCUACAGCAAAACAAAAAGCAUGAAACUGUAGCAGCAGAAUACAGAAAGCUUUGUGAGGAAAAUGAUAGAUUGAAUCAUACACAUACCCAACUUUUGAAAGAGAAUGAAGUUCUCCAAAUGGAUCAUAAGAAUCUGAAAACAUUACUAAACAAUUCUAAACUGGAACAAACAAGACUGGAAGCUGAAUUUUCUAAGCUCAAAGAACAGUACCAACAGCUGGAUAUUACAUAUACAAAACUGAAUAAUCAGUGUGAGUUGCUUAGCCAGCUAAAAGGAAACCUGGAAGAAGAAAACAGACAUCUAUUGGAUCAAAUACAGACAUUAAUGCUACAAAACAGAACGCUAUUGGAGCAGAAUAUGGAAAGCAAAGAUCUUUUCCACGUUGAACAAAGACAGUAUAUUGACAAGCUAAAUGAAUUGAGAAGACAAAAAGAGAAAUUAGAAGAAAAAAUUAUGGAUCAGUAUAAAUUUUAUGAACCAUCUCCUCCCAGAAGGAGAGGCAACUGGAUUACUCUCAAAAUGAGGAAACUGAUAAAAUCGAAGAAGGAUAUUAACCGAGAACGCCUCAAGUCUCUGACUCUGACACCAACUCGCUCGGAAUCUAGUGAAGGAUUUCUUCAGCUACCACAUCCGGACAGUCAAGAUAGUUCCUCAGUGGGCUCAAAUUCACUUGAAGAUGGUCAGCCUGUGGGAGCUAAAAAAAGCAGCAUGGUUGCACUGAAAAGACUGCCCUUUUUGAGGAACAGACCGAAGGAAAAAGACAAAAUGAAGGCCUUCUACCGUCGCUCCAUGUCCAUGAAUGACCUGGUGCAGUCCAUGGUCCUAGCAGGAGGACAAUGGACAGGUAGUUCUGAGCAUCUGGAGGGUCCUGAUGAUAUACCUACGGGUAAAAGGAGAAAAGAAUUGGGAUCUAUGGCCUUCUCUACUACAUCCAUCAACUUUGCCACUGUCAACUCUGCUGCAGGCUUGAGAUCCAAGCAGUUGCUUAAUAAUAAAGAUGCUACAUCUUUCGAAGAUGUAAGUCCACAAGGAAUUAGCGAUGAUUCUAGUACAGGAUCAAGAAUUCAUGCUUCCAGACCAGCCAGCCUUGAUAGUGGCAGAACAUCCACUAGCAAUAGCAAUAAUAAUGCCUCACUCCAUGAAGUCAAAGCAGGCGCAGUAAAUAACCAAAGCAGGCCUCAAAGCCACAGCAGUGGAGAAUUUAGCCUGCUCCAUGAUCAUGAAGCAUGGUCCAGCAGCAGCAGCAGCCCCAUCCAGUAUCUGAAAAGCCACACCAGGUCUAGUCCCAUGCUCCAUCACAAAAUGUCAGAAACAAUGGAUAGACAAGGAAAACACCGAAUAAAGAUUGACUCCCCUGGAAGCGAAGUGGUUACUCUCCAGCAAUUUUUGGAAGAAAGUAAUAAGGUUACUUCAGUCGAGAUCAAAUCCUCAAGCCAAGAUAAUCUUCUGGAUGAAGUAAUGAAAUUUUUUUCUGAAAAUACUGGAUUAGUAGGAAGCGAUAAACUAAAGAAACAGUCAUCAGACAGCAGUGGCAUUGCCAGAUCACAGAGUGUGAAAACCACAAUGGAGUACUCUCAUGGAAGGUCAGCUAAACAAGGUCAUCUUGCAAGGCCCAGUUCACAUAGAAUGGAAGAUCCCAAUUUCUCAAACUCUUCAAAAACACUCGUAGCAGGCACUAAAGGAAGGGACAGGUCUGUUAAAGAAAAUGUACAAUUGCAACGACAAUCAAAAGAUUGUAAUCCUUAUGCUACAUUACCUCGUGCAAGCAGUGUGAUUUCAACAGCUGAAGGAACUACUCGGAGGACAAGCAUCCAUGAUUUUUUAUCGAAGGACACUAGGCAACCGGUAUCAAUUGACCCAACUCCGCCUACAAGUGACAGAAGCAUCCCAUCAGCUUCUAAUGUGGAAGCUAAACCAGAAAAGAGAAAUUCAAAAAGCAGGUCUAGGGAGCAACAAAGCUCCUAAUUCUAUUUCCCCCACUACAUGAGAUGUGGGCCAAGUGAGAGAAAAGUGUCCUUCAGUAUCUCAGUAUGAAGCCUUUAUUUCUGAAGUAACAAGGCAUCCGGCUAUAUGAAUCAUGUUGUGUUUUUAAAAAAAGUUUUUACAGGCCUCCAUGAAUAGCGCAAUCAAGAAUAUGCAUCUUCUUUCCUUGAAUCAAGGAACUGUGCUGGUGUCUCCUGCUGAAUUUUUUAAAAGAAGGAAUAUAUUGCACAUUGCACUGUUAAGAUCUACUGAAUAAAGGACAGUUUUCACCUCUCUAACAAUCAAGGGUUGUACGUACGGCUUCGAUAAUUGCUCCAGGAAAUCAGUUAUUAUCUUCUUCAUUCCUUUAUGAACUCAGUCACCAAUUGCUUACUGCUUCUGCUAAUAAUUAGCAAUAUUUAGUUCUUUAUAAAUCUUAAUGGGAAAAAGGCUGUUGUUUAUUGUGGAAUUUGUUGUAAAUACAGGUAUAAAAAUGAGCCCCACAGCUUCUUGGCAAUUCCCGGCCUUAUUGGGUUUGCAUAAUUUGCAUGACGUUGCUCUUCGUAAAAUGAGAUACUGCUGAUUAUUUUGAUGCAUAUAGCAAGAAGAAAUUGUUUAGGUAUCUGAAAACAUAACUGAACACUUUAAUCCACACUCCACGUAAAUUCACUUUUUCCAUCGGUUUUCUAAGCAACAACUUAUACUACACAACCAAAUUCCAAUUUUGGGUGGGGAAGGGCAAAAAACAAUUAAAGAAAUAUUCCUGGAACUUUCUAUGUCCAAUAAAAUGAUUUCUAUUUUCAACAAAUAACAAAUUUUCAGAAUAAAACUGUCUUCAGUUAAAUAUUUUGUAUUUUUACUUGUUCUUUUUAUUUGCAAUUUUGUUAAUGAGCUGAUUAUAGCUUAGGUCCCACCCACCUAUCAAAUUGGGCCUGGAAGGCUGAUCCUGAGAAGGAUCUGGCCCAUAUAGCCAAAAAGGUUUCCCCUCUUGGCUUAGGAGGAAGCUUUAUGGGGAAGGACCAAUAUAAAUAAGGUUAUGAUCAGCAUUUCAAGCCGUUCCUUUUAUUAGGGCUCUUACUAAUAAGUCACUCUGUUUUGUUCCUUAUACAUUUAUAUGAAAUAAGUUUUAUUAAUGUUCUUGGUACUUUUAAAAUAUUUGUUGUCUGUGUUUGUCUUAAACUCUUGCAAAGAGCACAGGAAAAUAGAUUUGGUUAAUCCUGGGAAAUGUACAUGAACUUACUCUGGUUUGUAUUAAAUUUUAAAGGUUUAUUUUCUUAAAAGCCACUAAAUGUAUUAAUAUUUCCACGACAAUGUAUUGAAUUUUAACCAUUUAACCUCAUUGGGUUCAUUCAACCCUGCUAAUACUUAUGCACACAAGUAUCCUUAAUCCCAUCACACUUCACUUUUAUUUCAGCCAAGCUAUAACAAGUAGAUUUAACAGUCUAGAAGCCAGCCUUCACCAUCCUGGUGUCCUACAACUCCCAGGACAUCACUAGGUAAGCUCUUGUUGGCUUGCUAUCGGUGUCCUAUUUUAAUAUCAAACUUUAAACACACACGUUUCACACAGCAUUAUAAAACAUUUAUUACAGCCAUUAGGCUUUUUUGCUGAUGGCUACACUAGUGUUAUUUGUAAUGUAAGAAAAGAUUCUGUCUCCUCCACUGGUAAAUUGAAGACAAGGUGCAAGGCGUAGCAUGCAAGCACAACAAGGGCCAGAUAGGCAAGUCUGCUAGCCGCUCCAAUCCUCUCCUGAGAGCAGCAAAUACUCAGAACCCUGUCACACCUGUGGCUGUGUAGGCACAUUCCUGAGAGGCCAGUACAUGCUGGACAUCUAGUGGCCCAAGCCUGUUAUUUUGUUUUGUGCUGUUUUAAUCUUACUAUUUCAUUUUUCGUUUAGACUGACGUAUCUUUCCACCCUGAGGCCUUUGAGUGAAGGGCAGUCUAUAAAUACUUGGAAUAUAUAAUAAUAAAUGAUACACCCUUGCACACAGACUACUCACAACUAUUGUCUAGAAGCUGCCUGCACUUCCUGUCCUCUCCAUGGGGUGGUAGGAUCGUAACCAUAAGUUGAUCACUCCUAAGUCCAUGGUCUUUCAAAUAUUAUCAAGCAUACUUAACUAUGUUUUAAGAUUUUUGUAAGAAUAAAAUCAAGUGAAUGGUAAGCUCCCUUUACCACUGAUAUUAAGACAGAACUGAUAUUAGCCAUUUGAAAAUCACAUAAAAUUCUUCCAUUGCUUUGUUUAGUAGACAAAAAAAACUUUUCACAUUUCCCCACAACAGCAUCACUUAUUACUUCAGUCCAGCUAGCUCAGAUGACCAGAUGCUAGGGGCAUGCAGUGAAGGAUCUGUAUAAACUUCACUUCCUGGUGCAUCAGCUCCUUCAAGUGACUGUGCUCAAGUCAGCUGGAGGCAGGCAACACCAUUGAAGUGGAUCUGAGCUUGGGAGGAUCUUCAGAUUAUAUAGAAGUAUAGAGUUUCAUUUCCAAAUAACUAAGUUAAUUAUUGAAAGAAAUGAAGUUAGCAGCUUCUACAGGAGUUAACAUACUGUAUUUCCCCAAGGCCUGGAUCUGUGAGCUUCCAAGUAAAUUCAUUUCCCAUGAGAGUGAUAGUGCUCUCAGAUUUUGAGCACAGCAAUCCUAACCUUCCUCAUUAGAAGAACUAAUUUAGAAAUCCAAAAGUGAGCCCCAAGUAUCACUGUGUGUCUAAGUAAGCCUGAUGUUAAAUUUAACCAGAAAUUAUGCUGCCAUGACAAAGAAGAGUUGCAAACUGUUGGUCAGAUCAUAUGACCAUGCAACUGUGGCUCCUCUCUGUGGUGUGCUAUUCAUAUGCAACCAGUUGCCAUGGAUAUCCUUUAGUCGUUAUUUAUUGGGGAAAUGCCUAUCUUGAAGGCUGUCAAGAGUAGCUAUCAAAAGGUCUGGGCUGAAAACAAAGGUCUUCACCUGGCACCUAAAAGUCAUCAGACUUGGUGCCAGAUGAGCCUCCUUGCAGAGGGCAUUCCAAAGGCCACCCCAUCUUGGGUUACCACUCUCCAAACCUGUGAAGACGUGGGAACCUGGGAAAGGGUGAUUUUAAUAUCUGAGAACAUUGAUGUUUCUAAAUGUGGAUAUACGUUGGUAUGGUGAUUGGCUAACCCUACAGAUCAGCUUGUUUUGUAUGAACCAACCCUAAGGAGCUCUGUGGUACUGUAGCUCUGUUUAGACUCUAGAGCUUUCAGGAAAAAAUGUGGAUUUUUCAUGCAUUUACCAACAUCCUGAUUGACCAUACCUAUUUUCUUAAGAUUUGCACCUUGUUGAGUUUUGCACUUAUUUCAUAUUCCUGUGUGUUUCAGCUUAAGAAUUUGUUUCACAGGCACGCUACCUUUCUGAAGGCAGCUAUACGAGCUAGACUAAGCAUCAUCUACCUGAAACUUCUCUUGUGCAUGCAGGCCUCUCUUGGAAGUUAAAGGGAGUUGCGCAAGAGCAUCAUUUUAUUUAUCUGACACUUGCACAGGCAAUGUUUAAGGGGGAUCAUGCCCUUUGUAAUGUACCUAUUUUGGCCAUAGGCUGGAUUUAGCACUGUGUAAACUUUUGUUGUUGGUUUUUUAGCAUAAUUCAGUGUGUUAAAACUGAAAUACAAUCUUCCCUUACCAAAUGUAAUUCAUUGAUCUCUGGCAGAGGAAGAGGCUUAUGGGCUGUAAGUAAUUUGUUUCUAUAGCUCCUUCUCAACAAGCCUAGUCAUUUGUUUGUAUAAAGCCAGAUGCUGUUCUGCUAACAGCUUAAUAGAAAACAGAGCCUGGAUUUUAUGCAGGAGAGCCGAGGCCCCUGUAUAUUUUUAGCUUCCCUUUCCAGAGCUCAUUGAGGAACCUGGCUCCCUAACCUCUCUAGACUCCACCAUUUAUAAAUCAGUAAAGAAAACUGAAAUGGUCAUCCCACUUUGUCUCAAUUUUCAUUACAGUCUACACAGUUUAUAAAAAACAACUUUUUAAAAAAAAACUUUCUAAAAUCUGUGACAGUGUCAAGAAGUAAUGUGUCACUUCACCAUCUCUUUAAAUCCCAGCACCUUUAGAACUAAAUGCAAGGGCUUUUUCACUGCACAUGACAAUAUUCAGCAGCUGUAAAGUGGAAGGUGGAAAUCUGUUGUUGAAACACAAUGAAAUGUUUUCAUUUCCAUGCUGCUGCUGCAGUUGCUAAGGCUACAAUCGCCUUUUCCAGAAUGCAUUAUGUCUUAAAAUGUUUUGUGUUCUGAGAGACUGAGCAGCUCUGACAAUGGAGCCAAUGUAUGUGUUCUGAUGUAAACUCGUGUGUGCGUGUGUGUGUGCGUGUGUGUGUAGCUCAAGCAUUGUUAACAAUGGAACUGCCUUAAAAGGGGAGAGCGCCUGGGUGCGGCACAAACUGUUUUAAACACUGUUUUACAGAAGCUGUUAUUUAAAGCUGUAGUUUUCCUUUCUUAUACCUAUUAAGGAGUUUUGUAAUGUUUGCCAUUGUACACUACUUAAUUAUGUUAUUAAAAUUCCAAGCCAAAUAA